AUGAAACUAAACAUUAUCCUAAUCUCUUUAGUUUUCGUUGUUCUAUUCAGUUGUGCAAGUGCGCAAUAUCAACCACCACUUGCAAAACAACUACACCUUCGUGGUCAACCAGGUCUAGAUGGUCCAGGUUUUGGUCAAUUCGUCUUUACCAUUGAAAAGAAACAAGAUUCGAAUACAAUUCAAGUAACAAUGAAACUAAACGCAACUCUCCUCACAAUGGAAACUUCCCUUCAAUACAACAAAUACAUCUAUCAAGAUGGUAAUUCUAAUUUGGCAGAAUUUAGAUAUUACAAAAGUUGUGUUUCAAUGAGUGUUGUCAAACCUUCCUAUUCCAUUAAUGGAAAUGUCAUUAAUAUUGUAUUGCCAGAUCCAUCAGAUUCACUUUUAAUGUACAAUUUCAAGUUGGAGAAGAUUGAAAUAUCUCAACAAGAAAAAAUUGAUUUGAUGUUUGACGUGAUGAAUAAGGAUAUUGCAGAAUUGAAAGAAAGAUUAUGGUUUUUAGAGCCUGGAUCUUCUAACAAGAUUGCAAAGAAUAGACAAAUCACUUCCAAUGACAAUGCUCUUAUUGAAUUCAUUGAAGGAAAGACUAGCUCAUUUACUGGAAUUUAUCAUGAUGCUACCAUUUUGAAAGCAGGAAAAGUUUUCUUGAUUGGUAAUCAAUUUACAUAUUGUGCUUCUGAUAGUUAUAGAUGUGAUUAUUACUAUCAUUCUUUAACUUCUAGUAGUAGUCAAUAUUCAAUUGGAACUUUCACACAAACUCCUUUAACUAUUGAACUACCAAGAUCAGCAACUAUUAAGAAGAUUCGUUUUGAAAUUGCGAAUGGUGGAUCCUGUCCAUAUACUGAUACAAUCAACUUGAGUAUCAAACGUUAUUUCGUCAGAAAUUCAAAACCAACUAAUGUUGUUAACAGUGGCUCAAGUUACUCAACUUGGUACAUGAACACAUUAGACAAUCCAAGUUUUAGCAUUACUCAAAAGAAACUUACUGAUGGAUUCGUUCAAUACGAAUUGGAAAGUGAAUCUUAUUCAUUGGUUGACACAAUUGUCUUGUUUAUUACAACCAAUGGAUUCAAAUCACCUUCAGGAACAGUAUUUGAUGGCAAAUUUUAUGAUCUGACACUUGUCACUUCAAUUGCUGGACAAUCAUCUUCAAGUGGUGAUUCUGGAGAUGGUGGUCAAGCUCUCUUGGCUAAAUUUUUAUUUCCACAUGCUAUUGCCUAUGCUAAUGCCGGAACUGGAAGUGGAGGGUUUUCUGGAGAUGGAGUGCUGGCAAUCAAUGCAAAGUUGUAUUUCCCAAGAGGUGUUUCUGUAGAUCCAUUCAAAGGUGAUGUUUAUAUUGCAGAUUCUUAUAACAAUAGAAUUCGAAAGGUUUCUAAUGGGUUUAUUUCAACUAUUGCAGGAACUGGAUCAGCAGGAUUUACUGGAGAUGGAGAGCUAGCCAUUGCAGCUAAACUUGACACCCCUUACUCUGUUGCUUACAGUAAUACCUCUGGUUUAGUCUACAUUCUUGAUACCAAUAAUGCCAGAAUUAGAAAUAUCAAACCAACAACAGGUUUUAUAUAUACCUAUAUUGGUGGAACAAGAGGUUAUUCUGGGGAUGGUCAAGUAGUUGGCUCUCAAACUCAAAUCGAUUUCAGUUAUGGAAUUUCAUUGAGUGAAAAAGAUGAUUUGGUGAUUGCUGACACUUUCAGUGGAGCUAUACGAGUUGUUAGCAAAGCGACAGAUAUUAUCUCAACAUUGGUUGGAGAUGGGAGUGGAUCAUUUUCAUUUAGUGGAGAUGGCGGUCCAGCUAAAAGAGUUUGUAAUCAAGGAACAUGUAUUGGACCUGAUAAUUGCAUUUGUAAGGAAGGAUGGAUUGGUAGAAAUUGUACCACUCCUUACUGUAUUGGAACUUUAGAAUUGGUCAAUAACACCUUCAAAUGUGGUGGACAAAAUGGAAAUAUUGAGACGAAAGAAUUGAUUUAUUCGUUAAAAGAGGUUAAUAACCAGAAUAUCACGUUCACAAAGUUUGGAAGUUCAGUAACAGUCAAUUUUCCUACAGCAGUGAAAGAUUAUCUUAUCAAUGAAAGAGGAUUUAAUUCAACUGAGGUGGUAAAGGUGAUUAGCUCAGUUUCUUCUUCAAGUGGUCCUUCAAGUGAGGAAGCUUAUGCAAUUAGUUCAGUGGUAACAAUUUCCAUGUUCAAUAUCAAUGAUGAGAAAAUUCCAAUAGUUGACCUGGAAGAACCUAUCGAAUUGUACUUCUCCAAUUUGUCAACUGCCAAAGAUACAAAUGCGUUAUUAAAUUUCACCUGCAUGUUUUUUGAUAAUUCAGACAAGGAGUGGAAGACAGACGGCAUAGAAACGACAAUUAAUGAUUUGAAAUUUUCUCCCUCCUCAAAUAUUGUUACUUUUUCAAUGAGUUGCAGAACUAGUCACUUGACUUCCUUUGCAGUAAUUGACCAAAACUAUAAAAAGGCAAACACAAAGGGAAGAGAACCAGAAAACUCAGAACCAAUCCUAGUGAACGACAACACAGUGUUAAUUGCUGUAGUAGCCUCAUCAGUUGGUGGAGUAGUUGUCGUGUGCGUUGCUGGUGUUCUUCUUGCUGUUGUGAUUGCACUUUUCAUACGAGCCAGAAUGAAGAAGGCAAAGAAUGUUGCAUAA